AUGAUGAACGAUCCUACAGUAAUCGAGCCGUGGCCUCCUCGAACUCUAAUGACCACAGAAACGCCUUUACGAGGAAUCACACCGAUAGCCGAUCUCAAACCAGGGGUUAAGAAUCUCAACUGUUCCUUUAUUAUCCUCGAGAAGUGUAAACAUCUCUUGCUAUGAUUUUAUUGAUGUUUAGCCCAAUCCAGAAUGGCAGCCAAUGGUCAUUCGCAUUGUCAAUUCAAAGUGGCCGAUGAGAGUGCGUCUAUAAAUCUGACUGUCUGGGAUCAAGCAGCGGAGUAUCUUCAGCCUGGCGAUGUUUGCUCUCUCAAAUCAGGAUCUACGAGUGUUUAUAAAGGAUCGAUGAGUUUGAAUUGUGGGAAGAACUCCGAAGUCCUAAAAGUGGGAAGAAUCGUUCAUCCCAUCUCAUUACAGCCGGAUAUGUCAUUGUAUAACGAAGAAUACGAUCGAAUAUUUAGUAAUAGCAACAAAUCAAUGGAUGAUAGUGAUGGUAAGUUCUCUGUUUAUUCUUUUUUAUUAUUUUAGGUUUAAAACGAGGAGGUCCUGGUCGGAAAGGGGAUUGA